AAACGGGAACCCGGAUGGUACUGGGAGGCGAAAUGGAGACGCAUGACUGGAAAGGAAGCCUUUCGCUGUCUUUCCUUUUACGUCAGCCGGCGAAGAACUACUUGCCCUCUUCUCCCUUCCCCUCUCUCUAAUUCAGAUCUCUCUCCCCGCCUCCUUCCCUUUCUCACUCUGAAUACAGCCCACCUCCCCGUUCUCGCAUUCUGCUUGCCGCCCUCCCGGAUCUCACCGCCCCUUCCUCACCGGCGUUCUUGCCUCCCUUCGUCCCCGGUCCUUGAAGCGGCUGCCGGGGUGAUCCGUGGCGGGAGUCGAGCCUGCCGUGUCCGCGGGGUGGAUUUGCCGGAUGGUUAUCGCCUUCUGAUCCAUCCGGACCCUGGAUCCGCCGCAAAGGAGGCGCCUUUGUGGGUUUCUCCCCGCCAUGAAGGAGGGUUUGGCGCGUCGGCAGUGAGGCGGCUGUCUGGUCUGGCUUAGCUCUUGCGUUGGACUAGCCCGGAGAGGCUUUGAGGAAGGGGGCGCGAGGGCGGCGAUAUGCGGAGGCGGGCACCAGAGUACCGGCGCCCGUCGCGUCGGCGGAUGCCGGGGUGGAUCUGGUGGCUCCUCGGGAUCUUCCUUGUGGUCGGGCUCAUGCUAUUCGUCCUGCACCACAACCAGAAGGAGCAGUUCCGGCCGCCCGUCAUAGAUAAGGGUUCAGAAAUUGAGGAAGCCCCUCAUGAGAAGGUGAAUUUCACAGAAGAGCUUUUGAGUAGUACAUCAUUUGCACGCCAAUUAGCGGAUCAGAUGACUCUAGCGAAGGCCUAUGUCAUCCUUGCAAAGGAGCAUGGCAACCUUCAGCUUGCAUGGGAACUUAGUUCCCAGAUAAGGAAUUGUCAAAGAUUGCUAUCUGAAGGGGCUGUUAGUGGGAGAGUCAUCACUCAAGAAGAAGCCCAUCCUAUAAUAAGCCGGCUAGCACGGUUAAUAUACAAAGCACAGGACUCUCAUUAUGAUAUCAGCACAACAAUAAUGACAUUGAAGAGCCAUGUCCUGGCGCUGGAGGAGCGUGCAAAGGCAGCAGUUGUUCAGAGUGCUGAGUUUGGUCAGUUAGCUGCAGAAUCCUUCCCAAAGAAUCUGCACUGCUUAACUGUGAAACUGACGGAAGAGUGGCUUCAUAACCCAAAGCAUAGGAGUCGCUCAGAUGAGCACCGAAAUUCCACAAGAUUAGUAGACAACAAUCUGUAUCAUUUCUGUAUAUUCUCUGAUAAUGUGCUGGCCACUUCAGUUGUUGUCAAUUCUACAGUCUCCAAUGCCAAUCACCCUCAACAGCUUGUGUUUCAUGUGGUCACCGACAUGAUCCAUUUUGGCGCAAUGUCAACUUGGUUCCUCAUAAACGACUUCAAAGGUUGCACUGUUGAAGUCCGCUGCAUAGAUGAGUUCUCGUGGUUGAAUGCUUCUUCUUCUCCUCUAGUCAGGCUAUCUGAGAUGGAAACUCAGGGUUACUACUACUCUGCUGGUUCAAAAAAUCUUGACAGAGAAAUAAAAUUCCACAAUCCAAGGUUUGUUUCUCUGCUGAACCAUUUGCGGUUCUACAUUCCUCAGAUACUCCCCAACUUGGAGAAGGUGAUAUUUCUUGAUGAUGAUGUUGUGGUGCAAAAGGACCUCACACAUCUGUUCUCCAUAGAGUUGCAUGGUAAUGUCAUUGGAGCAGUGGAAACUUGUUUAGAGUCAUUUCAUCGGUAUCACAAGUAUCUCAAUUUCUCGCACCCAACUAUCAGCUCCAAAAUUGAUCCACAUACUUGUGGAUGGGCUUUUGGAAUGAAUAUCUUUGACUUAAUAGCUUGGAGGAAGGCAAAUGCCACAGCGCUUUAUCAGUAUUGGCAAGAGCAGAAUUCUGAUCUGUUGCUCUGGAGGACAGGAAUGCUUCCUGCAGGACUUUUGACGUUUUAUGGCCUGAUGGAGCCCCUAGACCGCAGAUGGCAUGUUUUGGGUCUGGGGUAUGAUGUAGACAUAGAUGAUCGGUUAAUUGAGAGUGCUGCUGUCGUGCACUAUAAUGGAAACAUGAAACCCUGGCUGAAGUUGGCUAUUCGCCGUUACAAGUAUAUAUGGGAGCGGUAUGUCAAUUUCUCGCACCCGUAUGUCAGAGAAUGUAUGUUGCAUUAGGAAGUCUGCAAUCUCUGUUAACCAUCCAUGUUCUGCAUGUCACUGAAGCUCCAUGCUUCAGUUUCUUCACAUGAGGUUGCUUUUCAGCUCCUCAUUUAAGGGAUCUUUCAGAGAGGUAUAUUAUAUACUCAAGAGACAGCAUCAAAGAAGUCAACUGUUAUGUUUUCUUUUUGGGUGGGGGGAAAGAUUCAUUUUGAGGUGAAAAUAAUUCCUUUGCAGUUUUUUACAUACAAUUUGGACUGGAAAUUUUAGCAGCCUAACCAGAUCAUCUGGAUAGAUAUUGUAAAAGAGAUACAGUUGGAUCAAUGGGUCAUUUUUUUGAGAUGUUAGGAAAUGCCAAUUGCCAGUUCAGCUGUGCAAAGUCACUGGUGUUACAUUCUUUCCAUAGUAUCUUGUUUUAUACCGGUGAAGAAGGUUCUGCUUUCCCUUUUUGUAUAAAUAGGUGUUUUAUGUUCUUUUUUCUUCAUACAGUAUGAACUCAGCUGAACUGGAGAAAGAAAUUCCAUACCAUUUUGAUGUGCUGAAGUUGAGUUGCUGAUUAUCUAUCACUGAAUUAAUAGAAUUUCAGUUCACUAGA